CAAGCCGACUACAGGCCUGGCUUUAUAUAGAGCUAAAUUUACCAGCAUCCUGAACGUGUUUCCUGACCUCGCGCAAUUGGUCCAGCGUACUCGGCUAGGACAGUUAUAAGGUUGGGAGGACCUCCUACCAUUCAAACCCGUUCAUGUGUCUGAAGCGCGGCUGUGGAGAGGGAACAGUGAAGUAGGCGCACACGCUCUGGUGCGGCUGACGCUCAACGCAGCUCGACUUUGACAAGAGAUAGUUCUGAUCAUUAUUUCACGCACACAAAAAAACGAUGGCCUUAUCCGGAGUGAUGCUGCCAUCAUUUUCGACAUUCUCAAACCAAAGAGAAAAAACUUGGGAACAUAGGUGGAAAGGGGAAAUUGACAAGCCAGUUUCCUCCAGCUGUUCCAUGCUCGAAAUGGUACAGAACCUGGACAACCACAGCAGAAGGGACGACGAGGAUCUGAGUAAUUUUUUGGAUCUGGAUUUUAUUCUCGCCAACACAGCUGGCACGGAUAGCGCGACGGAAUACGUGGGCUCAGCUGAUCCCAACCUGUACACGACGGGAGGCUCGGUGCCCUCCUACCCGCCUGACAACCACCGCUCCCCGCCGCCUCCGUACAGCAGCAGCCUGAUGACGGAGCUGGUCCGCUCCGAGGGAGACAACAACUAUGGCAUUAUGCGCAACACCACCGUCCAGGGAAGAUUUUAUGUCAACACGGCGCAGUUUCCCCGGCAGGACAUUGUUGGCGGCAUUAAGGUGGAACCACCCAUGGACAGUUACGGUCCCGUUAUGGGCAUGGUGCCUCAAAGCUGCAGCAAAAUCAAGCAGGAGGGGAACGUUUCGUGCAUGAUGUCCUUUGAGCAGCCGCGGGUCGCCAUCUCUCCCCGGGCAGCGAGCAACAUGACCCCGCCGCUCAGCCCCGAUGACCAGGGGACUUCGGACUGCCAGGCACCGAUGUGCCAGCCCAUGAACUUCCCACAGAAGUAUCACUCUCCGGCGGCUUACCCGCACCACCCUCCCGCACCGCAGAUGCAGAUGUCUUACCACGGUCCGCAUCCGUUUGGCAUGUACGAAGAUGGUCUCGCCAUGCAGCCAGGCGCGCAGAGGGUGAUGCUCACACCGCCGUCAUCCCCGCUCGAGCUGCUGGAGUCCAAACCCAAGAGAGGGCGGCGCACCUGGCCCAGGAAGCGGACAGCGACGCACACCUGCACCUUCGCUGGCUGCGGCAAAACCUACACCAAGAGCUCACACCUGAAGGCACACCACCGAACCCACACCGGUGAGAAGCCAUACCACUGCAGCUGGGAGGGUUGUGGAUGGAAAUUCGCUCGCUCUGACGAGCUGACCCGUCAUUUCCGCAAACACACUGGCCACCGGCCAUUCCAGUGCCACCUGUGUGAGCGCGCCUUCUCCAGGUCUGACCACCUGGCGCUUCACAUGAAGAGACACAUGUGAAGGAGCCCACAUUGAGGACUCGGGGGGGUUCAUGGGGGCUAUUAUUUGUGUUGCGAUUCAACUGAUGUCUUUUUUAUUUAAAUUGUUCUCAUCAUGACCAAAGUCUUUUUAUAUAUUGAAAAAAUAGUGUUAUUAUUUUCUAAUAACGUAGCUGGUACUACUUUGGUUAUAUAAAAGCUUUAGAAAAGCUUUAUUGGUCGUUGGCUUUAGAGCAGCAGACCAAUAAGGGGCUGGCCCUGUACAUACUACUCUUCCUUGACAAAACUGGAGUGCUGUGUUUGACACAAAGUGCCUUUCUAUGACUGUGCUACUGUAUAACUUCUCAUGACAGAACUACGUGGCCAACCAAAGUAGUAGUACAAGACACGUUCUUGUCACAGGAGUAAAAUGCACAUACAACUGCCUUAUCUGUGCAAAGACAAUGUUUUAUUAUUUAAACUGCCUCAAUGUUUGAAUUAUUUUAUUGCAUUCUCCUCUUGGGUGAAAUGGUAUCUUCUUGUGUGAAAUUCCAAACUGCUGGGUCCAGCCCCUCUGUACACUAUCAGGGCUUGAUGUCCUGUGCAUUGUUAUUUUUUACUGAAAUUUAUAUAGAUAUGUACAUGAAUUUUAUACUGUAAAUUCUGUAUUUAUUGUAAAUAU